GUCAUUCGGCCAAAGUCCAAGAAAGUUGAUUCAUAUCAAAAUAUAAAAUACACUUGUUUUACCAUUACCCAUCCAGUGUUCUGUUCAGUUAACUUAGCGAGCAGUUGAUACGUAAAGUGCGUUAAUAAAUUAGAAAGUACCAAUUUUUGUGUUGAAUAUAAUUUAAAUCCAAAUAUGGCAACAGAAGUGAGUCAAGCACCGGCAGCAUUGCCACAACUACAGUCGGUCCAGAAGGCCAUGGCCUUCCCAACUGUGGGGGCAGCGGUCGAACAUGUUGGAGCAUUCUACUCUAAGGUCAAAGGAGCACACUCGCUUCUGGAAUGGGCGCUGUCCACCGCCGAAGCGGGAGUAGUGCUGGCGGCAUCCACAGCGGCUCCCUACGUGUCCGCACCACUAGCAGUCGGUGAUGCAAAGGUCGCCGCCGCCAUCGACCAGCUGGAGCGUCGCGUGCCGCUCGUCACCGAGCAACCAAAGGUCAUCGUCGAGACUACCAAACAAGCAGUGCUUUCUAGAAUAUCGCCGCAUGUCAACAAGGUUUACGGAGCGCGCGUCGCGGCAGAGGAACGCGUCAAGUCGCUGAAGGAAUUAUCGUGGGCCAAAGCGAACGCGCUGCUCUCGACAGCGUACGGACAGAAGGCGAUGCACGGCGUCGACUCCGGCGCCACCUACGCCAUGCAGCUGCUAGAUCAUUACCUGCCGCCUGUCGGUGUCACUGAGGAGCAAUCAACCGACAUCACCCCGUCGACGGCGGACCCGGCGCUGCACACGGUGCAAACUGUUGGCAGACUCAGCGCCGUCGCCGCGAGAAGGGUGUGGGCCAACCUCGCUUACAAGAUCAACGAACUUAGACAAACUGGCAUAGAACUAGACGUGCGUCGCUAUGUGACAGCGUUGCUAGCCGCCCUGCACCUCGCCAAGGUGACGAGCCAGCAGCAGCGCGAGGAGCAGGUGCCUCCGCAGCAGAACAACGCGGAGCCCUCCCCCUCCGGCCCGGAGCCCUCCCACAACACCUGCGAGUCCGCCCCCACCACCACUAACAAGGUGAAAUCCACUCCGGAGGCGAAAUCCGCGGAGCAUUCGCAAAAUUAAUCAUUAUAUACCUAUUAUAUACAAUUAAUAUAAGUUUUGCAUUUGUAUAAGUGUAAUUGCAUGAACGGCUUAUAUUGGCAUUUUAUAAAAGGCAAAGGCCGUUAGUCUACAUUGCAAAUGAUUCUCUUAGUUGUAAGCAAGCCACAAUGCCGAUACACAGGAUGUAUCCACAUUGUUAUGGCUGUUAGUUUUUAAGUAUUUUAUCAUAUUUACACUGUCAGUGAAGACUGUCUAAUGAGUCUUAUAUUUGUAUUUAUAUGGCAUGAAUUGUGAAGUAUUUUAUAUGGAAUGUAUUUUAAAUAAACAACUUAUACAGCAAUAA